CAGCUCAUCAGUCGAAUCCUCAAGUACUAAAAAAGUUCAGGAAAUUUAAUCCUAAAACUAUAUUGAAAAUAUUGUAUAAGCCUUUAAGCACAAACACGUGCAAGCAUCAUCAUCCCCGAUAAAUAUUUGUUCGUCAAACUGUACAAUCAGUAAAUGCUCUGAUAGUUGUAAUGUUAACAACGACUUGCUAACGAGCGAUGAGCCGUUUGAUGAUCAGAUCCGACUCCGAGAGAAUUGAUAAAGGCGCCACACGUUCGCGGCUUUAUUUUUCCAUUUUCCAGGAUGAACAAGCCAGCCAGUGGCAUCCAAAAUCGGCUAAAGACGGGGGACACGGAGAGCCAUUGGAAUCAAUUCACCAACUAUUCUUCAAUUCACGUCGAAAAGACUGGCACAGUCGUCGGCAAAUUGCUUUGACUCUUUCACUCUGAAAUUCAUCGUCUUCUUCCAUUUUCCGCACACUGUGGAAACUUCUCGGCGGUGAUUGGCUUCGCAAUCGAGCUCUGCCAAUCGUCUAUCCACUGCGGUUUUUGCGUGUCGAGAGCGGCUUUGCUGUGAUCUAACAUGGCUGAAAACAGGUGCUGCAUUCCUGCGAAUCCGAUAGGCAUCGAACAAAUCCUUUUAGAAGCACAACAUCGAUGGCUACGCCCGGCUGAAAUAUGUGAAAUUCUAAACAACUACGAAAAAUUUUCUAUUGCUUCAGAGCCUGCUAAUAUGCCUCCAAGUGGUUCACUUUUUCUUUAUGAUCGAAAGGUGUUAAGAUACUUCCGCAAGGAUGGACAUAAUUGGAGGAAGAAGAAAGAUGGAAAGGCAGUAAAGGAAGCUCACGAGAGGCUCAAGGCUGGAAGUGUGUAUGCGCUGCAUUGCUACUAUGCCCACGGGGAAGAAAAUGAAAACUUUCAGAGGCGCACUUAUUGGUUGCUGGAAGAGGAUUUAUCACACAUUGUUCUUGUUCACUAUCGGGAAGUGCAGAGCAGUAGAGCAAAUCUCAAUCGUAAUAGGGGGACUCAUGAAGCUGUUCUUGUUUCUCGAGAAUUUGAAGAAACUACGAGCCAUUCAGAAAUGGACGCUUCUAACUCCUCUAGUUUUCAUCCGUCUAAUUAUCAAAUACCUUCACAAACUACUGAAAUUAGCCUAAACAGUGCGCAGGUAUCAGAAUAUGAAGAUGUUGAAUCAGGUGCUUGUAUUGUAUAUGAACUCCAAAUCAACCACAGCUCGGAAUUGAAAUCAUUUCCUGGGUAUUUUUGUCAUUUCUUUAACAAUGUUCUUCUGAUUGACAUUCUAUCUUUUGCAGAAUAUAGUAGCCAAGCAAGUACUGUUUUCCAUUCUUUUCUUGGAUUACAAAGGCCUAGAAUGGAGAGGUUUGGUGCUGAUCUCUGUGAUCCGAACUACCCUAUUUCAUUAUCAGAUAAUUAUCAAGAAAACUUUUCAGUCUUUAGUGGGAAUGGCUUUCCAACAACAUCAGAUAGAAGUAAAGACAACAACAGUGCUGGAUUAAACUGCGUUCCCCAGAAGAACCUUAACUUCUCUUCUGAGAAUGUCUUGGAAAGUGGUUCUACUGGAAUAUAUUCAUCCAAUCUGGAGCCAUCAUUGUCUGCAUCUCAACCUGAAAUUUCAGGCGAUGUCCCAAAACAAGGUGAUGAGGUUUUGCGGAUGCUCUUCACUGAGAAAUGUAAAAGGAAAGAGUUUAAUAAUCACCUACAUUCCCAGGAGGAUUGUCAGACAUCUCAAAGGAAUUCCUCACCUUUAGUAAGGUGGCCCAUAGAUCAACAAACCUUGCAAGCAGAUUUGGUUUGUAAUGUUGCUUCCAAGUUUCACCAACUCGAUCAUGUCAAUGUAGUGAAUUCUAUGCAGUCAAGCCAAAUGAAUACAGGGCCACAAAAUGAUCAGUCAAUGCAAGAACACCUCCAACAAAUGCUUCCAAAUACAAAGCAUGAAUAUUACCUGAAUUCAAUCUCUGAUGGAAAGGUGAUAUUGGAGGGGAAAGCCAACUUUCCAAAAAAACAGCCUUUAUUGGAUGCUAUUACUUCUGAAGGUCUGAAGAAGAGUGAUAGUUUCAAUCAAUGGAUGAAUAGAGAACUAGGAGAUGUGAACGAGGCAAGCAUGCAGUCCAAUUCUGGAGCAUACUGGAAUAGCGUUGAAAAUGAGGUUGGUCAUUCCAGCAUCUCUUCUCAAGUGCAUCCAGAUGCAUACAUGUUCAGUCCAUCCCUCUCCCAUGAACAGCUCUUUAGCAUUAUUGAUUUUUCACCAAGCUGGGCAUAUGAAGGUUCUGAAAUCAAGGUUUUGUUAUCAGGGAGAUUCUUGACGAGUCAUCAAGAAGUGGAAAAUUCUAAAUGGUCUUGCAUGUUUGGCGAGGUGGAAGUACCGGCUGAAAUUAUAGCAAAUGGUGUCUUGCGAUGUUUUACUCCCAUACACAAGGCUGGGAGAGUUCCAUUUUAUGUUACAUGUUCCAAUAGAUUAGCUUGUAGUGAAGUGCGAGAAUUCGAAUACCGAGUUAAGUGCAUUCAAAAUUUUGUUGUGAUGGAUGACCAUAGUAGCAAUACAUUUGAAGCACUUGCUUUGCGUUUUGUGAAACUGUUAUGUCUGAGCUGUCCGAGCACUUUGAUUGCUGAUCCCAAUAGCUCUGAUGGCAGUUCCAACUCCAAUAAAAUCAGUGAAUUGCUAAAAGAAGACAAAAGUGAAUGGGGUCAGUUGAUAAAUCCUAAAUGGGAUGAUAAUUUUUCCUUCGAAAGUGCAAAAGAGUUGCUGCUUCAGAAUCUACUUAAAGAGAAGUUACACGUAUGGCUAUUGCAGAAAGUAAGGGAAGGUGGGAAAGGCCCUAGCGUACUAGAUGAGCAUGGUCAAGGUGUGCUACAUUUUGCUGCUGCACUUAACUAUGAUUGGGCUCUUCUACCAUCAAUAGUUGCUGGUAUAAAUGUCAAUUUUCGUGAUGCAAAUGGAUGGACAGCACUACAUUGGGCUGCAUUCUUUGGCAGAGAGCGUGUAGUUGCUGCCCUCAUCUCUAUGGGUGCAGCUCCUGGAUUACUAACCGAUCCAAGCCCUAAGCAUCCAUCUGGCAGAACUCCUGCCGAUCUAGCAUCCUUAAAUGGGCACAAAGGCAUUGCUGGUUAUCUUGCAGAGUCAGACCUCAGCGCCCGCCUGGAAUCUCUGGCUUUUGAUAGUCAAGAAAGUAAGUCUGCAGAAACCUGUGGAGCAAGAGCAGUACAAACAGCUACUGAGCGUGUCGCCACUCCGCAUGACGGUAAUGAUAUACAUACAUUGUCCCUGAAGGAUUCAUUAGCUGCAGUGUCUAAUGCUACCCAAGCUGCUGCUCGUAUUCAUGAGGUUAUGAGGGUGCAGUCCUUCCAAAGAAAACAGUUAGAGUUGAAAUACAGAGACGAUAGACUCGACAUGUUGCACGAUCAGGCUCUUUCAGUUCUAGCAGUUAAGAGAGGUAUUCCAGGACCACAUGAUAAGCAUGCUGCUGCCAUUCGCAUACAAAACAAAUUCCGUAGUUGGAAAAACAGAAAAGAUUUUCUGAUAAUCCGCCAGAGAAUUGUUAAAAUCCAGGCACAUGUAAGAGGCCACCAGGUUCGGAAGAACUAUCGUACAAUCGUGUGGUCAGUGGGAAUUCUGGAGAAGCUUAUUUUGCGUUGGAGAAGGAAAGGAAGUGGUUUGCGAGGAUUUAAACCAGAAGCACCAGCUGAGUCCAGCAAGAAAAUUACAUUGGUGGCAGAGGAUGAUGAUGACUUUUUAAAACAAGGGAGAAAGCAAACGGAGGAAAGAUUGCAAAAGGCUCUUGCUAGAGUCAAGUCUAUGGUGCAAUAUCCAGAGGCAAGGGAUCAAUACCGCAGGCUAUUAAAUGUCGUCUCGGAGAUGCAAGAAAUAAAGGUUGUAAAAAAUGGUGCUUUAGACAACGUGGAUGAAACAGCUGAUUUUGAUGAUCUCAUCGACAUUGAAACCCUUUUGGGUGAAGAUAAUUUCAUGCCUACAGCAAUCUAAGAUCUUAUUAUAGUGUGUAAUAAAUAAGAUGACAUCUCUCUUUCCCUCGAAUACUAUCCUCUCUGAUCUUAGAAAAUGUUCGUAUUUGUAUGAUUAAGGACUCAAAUUCAAUUUAGAGGCUGGAUGUCAAAAAAAAAAAAAAAA